UAAGAACCAGGCCUUGCGGUUACCGUGGCUCGGUAUCUUAUCGUUCGCCGAGGACCAGGUGCACGUCUCCGUCGCUCUUGCGUACCAUAGCACCACAUCUAGGCAGCAACAACCCUCCAACUCUUCCUCCAUAAAAGAAACCUCCAUAUCUUGUACAGAGAUAAUCAAUGAAGACAACAAAGCAAUACCAGACCAUGUCAUCAACUACCCCAACCUCGUCCACCCCACCCGCCCCGCAGUCCUCCGCACUUCCCCCAACCCAUCCCUUCAACACCACCACCACCACCGACGCGACCACCCUCGCCGACCCGACAACUCAGCUCCCACUCGUCACCGACGCCGUAACCCCGUCUCGAAAACCCCUCCUCCGCCUCGAACUCCGCGACCUCUCCUCCAAUGGCACCCGCGCCUUCCUGCGCCUCACGCACGCGUCGCACGCGCUCGAACACGCCGUCGCCACCGUGCUCACACACCUCUACAGCGGGCUCCCCAAAACAUGUAUACCAGGCACGCGUUCUGUAACCCUUGUCCUCCGCGAAAUGGACGGAGUUGCAUACACAACCGGCCUCGACCUCGACGAUGACCACAAGGAAAUCCACCUCAACACGUCUUACAUCUCGCACGUGCCUGAGUCGCGGCAGAAAGAAGAGAUUCUAGGCGUACUUGUGCAUGAAAUGGUGCAUUGCUGGCAGCAUAGUGGGUUUGGGAGUGCGCCGACGGGGUUGACGGAGGGUGUGGCGGAUUGGGUGAGGUUGAAGGCGGGGUUUGCGCCGCCGCAUUGGAAGAGGCAUGGGGAUUGUCAGUGGGAUGCGGGGUAUGAGCGGACGGGAUACUUCCUCGAGUGGCUGGAGAAGGAGCAUGGUGAGGAUGUUGUUAGGAGGUUGAAUGAGGGGUUGAGGGAGAAGAAGUAUGAUGGGGAGGUGUUGUGGAAGGGGUGUUGUGGGAAGGGGGUUGAGGAGUUGUGGGAGGAGUAUAAGAAGAGUUUGGAGGAGUGUGAGUAGGGAGGAUUGGGGAACUGUAAGAGUUGGUGGGAGUGCGGUUUAGGCGUGGAGUACUUUACACACGGAAGUCUGGAGGAUAGAAA